GCAUGGCCAGGGAGAGCCUCCUUGACUGCCUGGCCUUCGCCGGCGCGUGGCUCGACCGCCGGAGGCACCCGCGGAGGGCGGCGCGUGGCGCGAACCCGAAGCUGCCGUACUGCGUCGCGAGGAUGAUCAGCAAGCAGAUGAGCGUGACAGGGCUGUUCGCCGGCGUGACGAUGAACGGCAACAAGGUAGGGGGUGAUGAUUGCAUGCCACGGUGCAGCGCGAAUGACGACGGGGACGACGAGGACGACGAAGAUGAUGAUCGCGAUGAUGACGAUGAAAGCGAGGAGGAAUUUGCUGGCAACGCUGGGUUGAAGAUCUGCAAGUCAGGAAGGGAGUUGCCAAUUGUCACGGGAGAUGCUUGGAGAAGAUUAGCCCGGAUGACAUAAAACUGCAAACCUUUUGUUAUCUCAUGACCCGUUUAAGCUAGCUAGCUCACUGAUGAUAAAUGCAGCGAAAGUAGGGCUUCACCACGCCUUGUCAGAUAGAGUCUCCGGUCGGUGCAAUGGCUAAUCUUUGAUACGCUGGGUCGUUUCUGUUUUUGUAUUUGUAGGCUCACUUGUUUGAUGUUGAUCAUGAUCAUGAGCUAUUGGCUUCUUCAUUUAUGAUCAUUUCAAGCGGCAGUUUACAUUUCUUGACGAUUUGCGAUCCCAUGAUUCGUGUAAUAUACACUUAAUUAUAAUUUUAUUUUAAUUUCUCAA